AUGUCUCGUAUACGAGUCUCUAUCCAGAAAUUGGAAGCUGAGUACAACCUCGCAAACAGAAAGCCUUUGGAAAAUUUGAUUACAGCAUGGCGCGGCAUCCGGUCUCUGCCCCCGGAAGACCCCAAUUCUUUCUUUGCCAUUGCUGGCUUCCACGGUGAACCUUUUCAUGGCCCCGGGGUCAAGGACGACAAAUGGUCCUUCCCUGGUUGUCAAGAUGUCACCAUCCCAUUUUUGGAUGAGCUGUGGACGGUCAAAAACCCGAAAGACAACCCUGUCCCAUUGGUCCUGACAAAUCCACAUUUUGCCAUUGCCGGUAAAGGUGACACAAGCAAUCCCCUAUGCUCAUAUGCGCUGCAGAAAGGGCUUAAGGAAAAGGUCACAGGCGCGGAUAACAGAUACACAAAUCCCGAAGGGUAUGAAACUGUCCGAUAUCCUCUUUCAGGACUCGUGGGCACAGACAAAGACAAAGCCGAUACCUUGAAGCACAACAGCAUAUAUGCCUCAUCUGCUACUGAGAAAUUGAAUGCAAAUGUGAAGGAAUGGCUUCUUGGUACUGUGAAGCUUGCGGAUGAUGGCAAUCCAGAGACUCAGCCUGCCGACACAUAUUCAAUCGUUGAGCGCUUUCAGACAUGUCUUCGAGCACCGAAAUAUACAGUAUUCACCAACAUGGCGUCCCAGAAGCAAGCCAUUGAGGAUGCUGGCGGUGACCCUCUUAAAGAUCACUUUAUCCAAUCGCUCGAGAGCCCCCACAACGCAAUUCAUCUUGCUCUUGGAGGCUUCUAUCAGGAAGGGUCGUACAACGCCAAUCCUAUUUUGGGGGCAAACGGCGACAUGGGCGACAAUGAGACCACGGCUUUCGACCCGAUUUUCUUCUUACAUCAUGCCUUCAUCGAUUUGAUGUUCUGGAAAUGGCAGAAGAAAUGGAAGAAAACAGCCUGGGAUAGUCUCGACGUCAUUGAAUUUUACCCAGGGACAGUCGUUGUGGAAGGCUCCACUGGCUAUCCUCCAGGCACAUUACUGACAAUGAACUCACCGCUCUAUCCAUUCAAAAACAGCAAAGGAGGCUACUACACGCCUAAUGAUAUGGUAGACAUUGUGAAUCAGCUUGAUUACAAGUAUGAAGAGGAUGAGCUGAAGGGUCUUGAAGCAGCAGCCGAACCAGAGAUCAUCGGUCUAGCAAAACUUUCAAAAAUCAACCGUGCGAAAUCCGAAGGCUCCUUCUCAGUCUUGAGUCAUAAUAACAUCGGAGGAUGUGCGAACUAUCAAAAUUUCCUGGAUAUCAAGUCAUACACGCCAAUCGACGAGGCCUUGCUCAAAAAAUUCAAUGGCGGUGAUCGCAAUGUCACGGUCACAUAUUCCGCGGCAAUUCAGACACGUGAUGGCAAAUUGUUGACUCCGCCUGGUGAGAAGGGUGAUGACCUCCCCGAGGACACGGUGCCAAAUGUCGAGUUUCAGUACUGGAAGACUGAUAUUGCAAAACAUACUGACAGUUGGGACUCCUUCGAGGAGCAAAAGAACACGUAG